UUGCAGAAUCUCUGCUCAGGUAUGUUUAUGGAAAACGUAGUCGUGUUUCUUUGUGACGCGGGUAGAAUGUGUUGACGAGAAAAACUGAAAACACGCAGAGGGUAAGCUCACACCAGUGAUAUUCGCGAGCUGAUCCACGAGCUGAUCCACUGAUCUGGAAAUACAGUUGUGAUGCAAGAUGUUGGAGGAAGCUGCUAUAUACCAAGUGGGUUUGCUCAUCUCCGUCCUGAGUUCAGGAUAUGCUGCCCUUCAACCUUGUGUACUCCUGGCAGUGUUAUGCCUUGCUAUUGGAUACAUUUGUUUUACGGCUCUACAGAGGAAGCGUGUAAGGAGUUUGUCAGCAUAUGGCAGGACCGUCCUCAUCACUGGCUGUGAUACAGGAAUAGGUUACGGACUGGCACAGCGGCUCCUUCUAGAGGGGUUCACCGUCAUAGCGACAUGUCUUGACGUUGAGGGGCCAGGUGCUCGUGAACUGAAGAAGAACAGAAGUGGCCGUGUCCACGUCAUAAGACUUGACGUCACUUCCGAUGAAAGCGUGGAGCUGUGUUUUGAAAGAGCAAGAAAAAUAUGCAAAGGAACGGGCUUAUGGGGCCUGGUCAACAACGCGGGAGUGGUCAGCUUCGGGGACGUGGAGCUGACUACCAUGGAUAUAUUUCAGAGAGUGGUGGACGUCAACCUCCUUGGCGUAAUAAGGGUAACGAAGGCCUUCCUGCCCCUUGUUAGAUAUACACAAGGGAGAAUAGUGAACGUCACUAGUGUCAAAGGAUUGUGUGCCUACCCCUGCUUUGGUGCCUACAAUAUUUCCAAAUAUGGCGCCGAGGGAUUGACGGACACCUUACGCCUCGAGAUGAAACGGUUUGGCGUGAAGGUCAUUGCUGUCGAACCCGGAAACUUCGGAGGAGCGACGGCGUUAUGGGAUGAAAGUAAUACAGAACGCUUAAGACGGGAAAUGGCAGACAUGACGUCGGGUGCUACAGACGAGGCUUUAACUACCUACGGUGACGACUACCUCGACCAAAUGCUGUCCAUGUUCAAGGAAGGCACCACCUAUUCGCGUAGCAACAUUGACCCCUUGCUUGAUGACUUUGUAGAUGCCUUAACCAAUCAGCGCCCAGCGUACAGGUACGCCACUCAUGGAGGAAGCACCUUAUUGGAUAUUGACGUGCUGUUGACAGUGUGGAAGAAUUACCUACCAACCUCUUUAUUGGACUACCUGGUCAUGAAGUACAGGGGAAUACCAGCUCGAAGGAAGGCAGGACGCUAACACUGGUGUUGAAUUUUAUCUCGUUUCUCUGUAAUUGGGCAAAAUAAAAUAAAACGUUUUAGAUCAUUA